CCCACUUCCAAACUUUCUCAGUUGGUGCAAAACUUUCCUGAGCUGAGGAGGAUGAAGUGAGAGGCUGGACGCCAGCAGCUGUAUGAGUGGCCUCUGGACGGAAGAUAACUUAACAUCAGAAUGCUGCUGGCUCUGCUUCUGCUGAGUUUUUGUUCUGACGCUCACUCCACCGAGCUGUCAUCCAUUACAAUCCAGUACCGGGUUUGGGAGGAGCAGCCUCCAGGAACCCGGGUUGGCUGUCUGCUGGACGACCUCCGUCAGAGGGAUGAAGGGGGCCCUCUGGAGGAUUUCCAGGUGGUGGAGCACGGUAAAGCCCUUCCUUUCUCUGUCAGCGUACGGGACGGUGUGGUCUCCACCCAAGGCCGCCUGGAUAGGGAGGAGCUGUGCAGGGGGUCGGACCUGUGCGAGCUGGCCUUCAGCGUCCUCUACAGAAAAAGUGGCGCUGUGAACUGCCUGCGGGUUCGUGUGGAGGUGAUGGACCAGAACGACCACAGCCCCAGCUUCCCCAGCACGCUACAGGAAGUGGAGAUCUCAGAGACAGCUGGCCUCAGGAUGCGAAUCCCUUUGGACAGGGCGUCGGAUCCUGACGCAGGACCUAACGGCCUCCAGACUUACUCGCUGUCCGUCAACCAACACUUUGCUCUGGAUGUGAGUGCUGCUCCGGGCGGGACACGGCAGGCGGAGCUAGUGGUGAUCAAAGAGCUGGACAGGGAGGUCCAGGACUCAUUUGACCUCACUCUGGUUGCUUGGGAUAAAGGGAACCCUCCCAGGUCUGGAAGCACGUUGGUCCGUGUUAAUAUUCAGGACUCUAAUGAUAACAGCCCCACGUUUGAGGACAGCACCCCCACUGUGGAGCUAUCUGAGGACACAGCUCGGGGAACAACCAUCAUCAACCUCAAGGCCACUGAUCCGGACCAGGGCGCCAACGGGGAGGUGGAGUACUCCCUCAGUAAGCACACACGUCCUGAUGUCCAGAGGCUUUUCUACGUGGAUUCCCAAACUGGAGCCGUGAGUAUCGCAGCGCCCCUGGACUACGAGGCCCAGCCUUCUUAUGAAGUCGUCAUUCAGGCUCGGGAUCGUGGGCCCAAUGCCAUCCCCACGCACUGCAAACUCCACGUCAAGCUUAGAGACGUGAAUGAUAACGCACCGAGGAUACACAUGACCUGGACUCCACCCAACUCACCUGUGGCGACUGUCCUGGAGGGGGCGGCAGAGGACACGUUCCUCGCUCUGGUGAUGGUCUCUGAUGCAGACUCGGGAGAAAACGGCAAAGUGAGAGCGCACAUUCAGCAAGGAUCCGGCCCGUUCCGCCUUAAACGCAUUCACGGCGACAACUACAUGAUCGUCACCAACGGCAGCUUGGAUCGGGAGAGAGUGAUGCAGUACAACAUCACACUCCUGGCCCAGGACUACGGAGACCCGCCUCUGUCUUGUGUUAAACACCUACCUGUGCGUGUUUUAGAUGAGAACGAUAACGCGCCGGCCUUCUCGACCUCCUUCUAUAAGGCUUCCUUUAAGGAGAACAACAUGGCGGGCUACCAUGCUCUGAAAGUGGAAGCCCAUGAUGUGGACCUGGAGCUCAGUGGUCGAGUGUCCUACUUCUUACGCAACUCCAAUGAAGUAGACACGAACUCCCAGUCCUUCACAAUCCACCAGACCAGCGGUGUCAUCAGCGUCCAGCGACCUCUAGACUACGAGGAAUCUCACACCUACUCCUUGAUCGUGGAGGCUGUGGAUCAGGGUUACCCGCCUCUCACCAGUACCACCAAAGUCCAAAUCGACAUCCAGGACGUGAACGACAACUACCCGGUCAUCACCGAGCCGAAACCUAGAAAGGGCGUGGCCUCUCUGAGCGUGCCCGUCAAUGCGGACAAGGGGGAGAUCGUCACAGAGCUGGGGAACGACUUGGAGGAGGCAUCCACCAGUCUGCCGAUCGAUCGUGCCGUGAGAGAGGGGCUUGGAUUCCUAGCAUCGACCAUCAAGGCCGAAGACCCAGACUCAGGUCUGAAUGGACAGGUCAGCUUCCUCAUCACUGAUGGAAACCCUCACGGACUGUUCUGGUUGGACGAGGCUACAGGCCAGCUGUUUGUUAACACCACCAAUGCCACUGAGCUAAUCGGGAAGACCUACAAGGUGAACAUUGCCGUAUCCGACAUGGGCAGUCCGAGCCUGACCACCGAGGCGACCCUGGAGGUUGCUUUCAUCAACCUCAGGGACCAUCUGAAGAACUCUUCGCCUGGUCACCGCGGGCAGCUCAGCUUCACCAUGAUGAUGGCGAUCUGCCUGGGAGCAACCUGCCUCCUGCUUCUGUUAGCGAUCGCUUUGGUCACGACCUUCUGCCGUCCAGAGAAACGAGACAACCGGGCUUACAACUGCAGACAGGCUGAAUCCAGCUACACCCGCCAUCCACGGCGCCCUCAAAAGAACAUCAGGAAGUCUGACAUCCAACUGAUACCCGUCAUCAGAGGCCGAAAGGAAGAGCCUCCAGAGGAUGACAGCGAAGCCGAGCCAUUAGCUCUGCCUCCGAUGAUGCAAGAGGAACAACAGACAGAGAGGCGGUAUACCUUAACGUCAUCAGUCAUGAACACGAGCUUCCACUCCCAAGGCUACCAAGAUGUGGACGCCACGCAGCCGGUCACCCAGCACAGCAGAACUCUCCGGAAACCGGGAAACAUCGAACUCGACGGCAGUCUGCCUCUGACCCCCGCCACAUCGUACCGCUCUCUUCGGAAAGCUAGGAACCCUUCGUCGUCUUCCUCCUCGGCCUCACAUUCGAGCACCUUGAAGCGUACGACUCGACCCGAAGGUCCAGAAGUGGAAUCGGUGAGUUCAGAGAGCCAGGCGACUCUCAGGAGGCCGAAAACCUCCGAGGGGCGAGGGGGCCGCGACGCAGAACACCGGCAGAUCCUUCGAAACCUGGUUCGUCUGUCCAUGGCUGCGUUUGGAGAGUCCAUUGAGCUUUCAUCGGCUUCCCCAGAAGUGCAGCAGAUCUCCCAGCUCCUCUCCCUCCUCCGGCAGGGUCAGCUGCAGCCGAGGCCGAACUUCAGAGGGAACAAAUACUCUCAUCGCAACGGCAGAUAUGGAGGUCAGGACUGCUCUGAUUGGCAGAGCACCAAAGACAGCGGACACGGAGAGAGCGAGGCCGGGGAUGUGGACUGGGAGCCAGGAAGAGAGUCUCCCAUAGACCUCCAGCUGGAGGAGGGGCUUAACAACCUGCUCAACAACCCUGAAGACGUCUUCUCUGACGUCACUGAUCCAGCAUGGAUGGCCAGACUCUCUCUCCCCCUCGCCGCGGAUUACCAUGACAACGUGUUUGUCCCAAACGGGCCUCCGUCUCCCGAGACCGAAGUCCUCCCCCGGGACGCCCUGGACUCCUCGUCUUUCUCCACCUUCGGUAAAUCUCCAGAGAAGGACGGCCCACUGGGCGGAGCUCUCCUGUCCGAGGUCAGCACGCUCUUUGAGAUGCUGAUGACACAGAAGGCCGACGCCCACCCCGGCCCGCGGCCUGACGUCCUGUACCGGCUCUCUGCGGCGUACCGGCGCUCGCUAGGCCUGGAUGGGACCACCUCUAGCGCAGCAGCAGCAGCAAAGAACUGUGGGAGCUCUGAGAAGAGGUCAGGCCUGGCUCCGCCCUCAGGGUUUUACCAAUGAUCGGUGGAACACUGGAAAAGACUGAUGGCGCUCCGAGCAGGACGAGGAACAGGACUCUGUGUUUGAGGAGGUUUUAUUUUAGAGGCUUUUUGUGAUCACGUUCUUUAUUUUGAAUUUAUUGAAUGACUGCAAAUGUAAAUAAUAAUGUUACUAUAAUUAUAAACGAUCCGUGACUUUAUAUCGAUCUGUGCCAGUAAGAAGAGUUCAGAGUAUUCAGCGGUUUCACUUCAAACAGACGUCUCUGAGGUUUUCGACGCUCGCUCCGUUCACCGUAAAAACUCAGGACCAGGAGAAGACGGCAGCUCAGAAAACACAACAUUAAAAUCACUCUGUCCCGUGUAAUGAAGGCAGAAACGCCUGAAAACAACUUUAAACUAUCUCAACGUCAUCCACAGUCUUCAUGUUUCUGAGAUAAGAAUUUAAUUUAUAAGCUACAAGUUAAAAUCAGGAACAGUUCUCUCCUCUCUAAACACAACAGGAAGUACUGACCCGAGCCGCAGACAGCUUUAGCCCCUCCUCUUUACAGCGUGAUCACGUCUGAUCAGACUUUUAACCACUAACAUGGUAAACUUUGAGAUGAAGCUAAGAUGGAGGUCUGUUAGAGACUCUGCCUUGAUGACAAAAAAACCCAAAUGUGACUUUAUUAUGAGAUAAAAAAUAAUAAGUAUGAGAUGAAAAUGUGAAAUUAUGAGAAAAGGUCAAAAUUAUGAGAUAUGAAAAAAUAUUCUGAGAAAAAUGUAAUUAUAAUGUGAUUAAAAAAAUACAGAAAUAUGGGACAUUAAGUCAUACAUCACUGAAAGAGAGGAGAUUUAAUAAAUUUAAGGAUUCAUGGAGUGGAAUAAAAACAGGUUUGAUGUGACGGUAAACAGGAAGUGACGGUAAACGGGAAGUGACAGUAAACAGGAAGUGACAGUAAACAGGAAGUGAUGGCUGGGAUUUCAAUCAGAGAGGGAAGACCUGAAAGUGUCCAGGGUCAGGGUUAGGGUUAGGGUUAGUCCAGAGAGGAGACAGAGCGGAUUCUGAGGGACAGCGUCUGUCAGGACGUCAUAAACUUGGCUGCAGGUUUGUUUUGUCGGCCGUGGACCGGGUAGGAAACGCAGCUUUGUCUUUCUGUUUCUCCUCGAGUCUAAACAGAAAUGUGCUGAACUAGAUUAGAUUAGAUUAGAUUAGAUUACAUUAGAUUAGAUUACAUUAGAUUAGUGAAUAGAUCUAAUCCAGUAGAAUGCAGGGAAGACGACGUGUGUUGAUGUGUUUGAAAUCCGUCUCUCUCGGCUAACUGAUGAUAUAAAGGUUGUAAAAACGCUUAGAGCUGGGGUCACUGUAUGUUGAAAACCACAUGAACAGCACUUUGUAAAUAUUUUUGUAAAACUCUUUUUAUUAAGAAAUGUUUUAUAUAUUGAAAGUUGCUUCUGUAUCUUUUUUAAAAUAAAGUUUGUAUCAUUUUUUACUGAUUUUUUAAAGAAAA